AACGCGCUCUAGUCACACGUCACGACACAACGAUCGAGAGAGAAGCUGCCUCCAGCGUUGUGCAAAGCUUCUCCGGCGUGCGUGCGUGCGUAGACAUAGAGACGUGCACACGGUGCACCUGUAAGUCCGUUCGCGAUGGGGUUGCCCGGCGGUGGGCGGCCAGGGAGGCUGAUGCGGGGCAGCAUCAGCAAGAAGAGGCAGCAGACCCUGAAAAACAUCAAGCUCACCCUCCUCUGCAGCUUCAUCACCGUCCUCGUGCUCCGCGGCACCGUCGGCUUCAACCUCCUCGUCUCCAGCGGCGGCUCCGACGGAGCAGAGGCCGACGCCAAGGUCGUCGAGGACAUCGAGCGCAUACUCGGCGAGAUCCGCUCCGACUCCGAACCCGACUACGGAGAUCUCGACGUCGACGCGUCGUCCAACUCGACCGUGCUGUACUCCGGCUCCGGCAACGCCUCGUCUCCGUGGACGUACCGGAACUACACCCUCGGCCCGAAGGUCACGGACUGGAACGCCCAGCGCCGGCAGUGGAUGUCCCGGAACCCGGGCUUCCCGUCCCACGACGCGAGCGGCAAGCCGAAGAUCCUGCUCGUCACCGGCUCGCCGCCGGGGCCCUGCGACAACCCCAUGGGCGACCACUACCUGCUCAAGGCCACCAAGAACAAGAUCGACUACUGCCGCCUCCACGGCAUCGAUAUCAUGUACAACAUGGCGCACCUCGACCCGGAGCUCACGGGGUACUGGUCAAAGAUCCCGCUGCUGCGCCGGCUCAUGCUGGCGCACCCGGAGGUGGAGUGGGUGUGGUGGGUGGACAGCGACGCCAUCUUCACCGACAUGGCCUUCGAGCUCCCGCUGUCGCGCUACGAGGGCCGCAACCUCGUCAUCCAUGGCUACCCGGACCUCCUCUUCCAGAAGCGCUCCUGGAUCUCCCUCAACGCCGGCAUCUUCCUGCUCCGCAACUGCCAGUGGUCGCUCGACCUGCUCGACGCCUGGGUGCAAAUGGGACCCAAGGGCCGCGUCCGCGAGGAGGCGGGGAAGCUGCUGAGGGCGAGCUUGACUGGCCGACCGGCAUUCGACGGCGACGACCAGUCGGCGCUGAUCUACCUGCUGCUCACCGAGAAGGAGAAGUGGAUCGACAAGGUGCACAUCGAGACCGAGUUCUACCUGCACGGCUUCUGGACGGGGCUGGUGGACAGGUACGAGGAGAUGAUGGAGAAGCACCACCCGGGGCUCGGCGACGACCGCUGGCCGUUCAUCACGCACUUCGUCGGGUGCAAGACCUGCGGCAGGUACGAGGACUACCCGCUGGACCGAUGCCUCAGCAGCAUGGAGCGCGCCUUCAACUUCGCCGACAACCAGGUGCUCAGGCUCUACGGGUUUCAGCACCGGUCGCUGGCCAGCCCCAAGGUCAGGCGGGUGGCUGGCCGUAUGGCGAACCCAGUGCAAGCCAAGGAGGCGGCUCUCAAGAUGGACGCCAAGUUCGAGAGCACUUAGAAGAGAGAGGCUCUGUUCUUGGGAACAGGCACAGUGAUACGAGUUUUGAAUUUUGCUCAGUUCUUUGCGUUUUGAUUAUUCUUGGCUUUCAGUUUUGCAGCAGCUAGCGCACGCAGAAGAGCGACAUACAGCAACUGACUUGCUGUUACGAAUUUGUUUGCUGUUUUUAGUUGGAUUCAGAGCAAAAUGAAACGGGCCAGAAGGGUAUGGUUCAAAGUUUCAAACUUCCUACUGUUCGUCAGAUCAGCUUCGUUUCAGUUCUCUGAAGUACAUACGCAGCAAGAUGUAACUGUGCCAUGUAUCAUGAUCCUUGUAAUUGGGAAUGCUAUUAU